AUGAAAAAUGAACAGUUGUAUUUGUACCAUUUAAAAAAAAAUAUAAACUCCAAUAAAAUAAUAAAGCCUUUGAUGUAUAGAGUACAUUUAAUAUUUUUAAAAGUAACACCUUUUUUUAAAUAUUGCGGUUUCUGCUUAAUAUGUUUUUUGAAAACAACAAAUAGCAAAAAGAAGUUAAGAGUUUAUACUGAUACGAACCAUUUAAUAAUUAUUAAUUUGUUUAUAGUUCUUCCAUCUAAUAUUAUAGAAAAAAUAAAUGAUAAGAAUAUAAAAAAAAAGUACAACUAUAUAGAUAUUUAUAUAAAAGAGUUUGCAUUAUCAGGAAUAUAUAAACUCUUAAUUUUUUUUUAUUAUAAGAAUAAAAAAGAAUGUAUAGAAGGAAUAUAUGUUUUAAAAGUAAGAAAAUCUCUAGAAAAAAAAGAACAUAAUAAUAAUAACAAAAAUGAUGUAGAGGAUUCUACUAUUGAUGACAGUAAUUGUUAUUUAUAUUUUCAAAAUGCUGCAAGGAGAAUAUUAAAUUUUGAUUUUAAAAAUAUUAAAUUUCAAGAUAAAAAUAGUUAUAAUUAUAUAAAUACAUUUUGUGAAUUUUUUUAUUUACCUUUAAUUUUCCCAUGUUUACAAGAUAAUAUUUAUAAAGCACGUUUUAAAUUAAGUAUUUCUUUUGAGAUAAAGUUAAAAAAUUUAAAGAAUUUAAAAAAAAAGCUUAGACUUAGAUACUUUUCUUGUUAUAAUAAAAUAAGAAAACACAUAAGUUAUUUAGGAAAAAUCAAUAGGCUACACAAAAAGAAAUCAAAAGAAAGAAAAGAAAAAUCUAAAACAAAUCUAAAGUUUGUAAAUUUUAGAAAUGAAAGAAAUUAUAUUAAGGUGGUUAAUCCAACGAAUUUGGUUGUUAGUAAUAGUAAAUUAAAGAGUAUUUAUUACAGCAAAAUUAGAAUGUAUUUUAGUUCAUUUCUUUUAAAAAAUUAUUCUAUGAAUAAAUGUAUUUAUUAUAUUUUUAUGAAUAUCUUCAAUAAUAAAAAUGGGAAUCCUUUUACGAUAGGAAAUUAUAUAAAAAGAAAAUUAUAUAAUUCUAAAAAGAAUUAUAAACACAAUAACAAAAAGCUUACACAAUUAAAUAAAGAAAAAGAAUUUAUAACAUAUGAAUUUUACAACACUAAUAAAAUAGUUCAUUACACUUUUUGCUUAUUCAUUGGUAUGUAUUUUAAAAUAUAUUUUAAAAUCAGAGAAUUACAGGUUUAUAUAUAUAUUGAAAAAAAUUGUAUAAAUGAUAAAAAGAAAUACACUUUCUUUACAAGUAUUUUAAAAAAGAUAUUGAUAAUGUUUCUAAAAAUGAGUAUUUUUAGAAAAAAAUUAACUGAAGAAAACUUUUUACAAUUUAUUCUUUCAAGUAAAUAUAAAUAUAUAGGUGAAGAAAAUUCAAACUGCUUUACAUUUCUUUCAUCAUUUAUUGAAGUAAAUGAAAAUGAUAAUAUAUAUAAAAAAUUGUUAUGUAUCAAAUUAAUUAUUCAUGAAAUUUUUCAUUCAAUCUGGGGAAAUUGUUUAUAUUUUAAAAAAGAAAAAUACUUGUGGUGCAAAGAAGGAUUGACAAGAUAUUAUGAAUUUAAAUUCAGUAAAAUUUUUUUGAAAAAAAUUAAGAAAAAUUGUAAAUGUAUACUGUCAAUUAGUUUUAUCCUUGAUUCUUUUUUUUAUGUUCAAGUUGCUGAUACUCUUAAUAUCUAUAACCAUACUUUAAAUAUAGAUAAUAAAAUAUGCUAUAAAUAUAUUCAUGAAAACAUAUUAAAAAAAAAACAGAAUAAAAGAAAUAAUUGCAAUUUUUACGAAAAGGAUAUUCAUCAUUUUUAUAAUAUUUUAACAUACAAUAAAGGAAUGAACAUUUUUAAAAUGAUUAGUGUUAUAUGCAACCCAUAUUUUGAUAUUAUCAUGAAUUUUAUAUAUUAUACUUUUUUUAACCAUUCCAUAACCUUCAAGAAAAUUUUAAUUUUUUUUCAUUUCUUUUUCAUACAUUUCCGAAUUAAACCUUUUUUUCUUCAUUAUAAGGAAUAUAAAAAAAAAGUGAACCAAUUAAAGAAGAUAAUCAUAAAAAAAAAAAAGUUUCAAUUUCGAAUUUCAGUAAAGAAUUUCCAAAAAAAAAUAAUAAAUAGAAAUAAAAUGAUAUUUAUUUUCAAAAAAUUCAAAAAAAAAAAAGAAAAAAAAAAACAUUUAAAAAAAUUGGAACAUGAUAAUUAUUCGUAUUUACAUAAAUAUAUUUUAUUAUCACGACUUUAUUCCAAUUUUGUAAAGAUAUCUUUUAAAAAAUCUUUUUUAACUUAUUAUAAGAAAAUAUAUAGAAAAAAUACGAUUAUUAAAGGUGUGUAUAAAAAAAAAAUUAAAAACAAUUUAACAAUACAUAAAAAAAAGUAUACCAAAAAAAAUAUUUUGAAGAACAUUAUAGAAAAUUAUUUAAAUAUAGCUGGCCCUCCUAAAAUAUUUUUAAAAUUUUUAAAAAAUAAAAGCAAAUUAUUGAUAAUUCAAAAACAUUUUUAUUAUGACAACUAUGAACAAAAAUUUAAAGAAACUAACAUAUUAUUUCAAAUCCCAAUUAUUUUUAUAUUUAAUAAUAAUGUAUAUAAAAUAUUGUUAAAAAAAAAAUAUAUUUUAAUUGAUAUUAAAAUAAAAAGUAAGAAAUAUUCAAUUGAAGAAAAAAAAAAAAAACUAAGUGAAAAUACAAUUAUAAUAAACCCAAAAAAUAGAUGUUAUUUUUCAUAUCAUUUUGUUGAUAUGUACUCAUUUAAAUUUCUUCUAAAUUCAAUAAAAAAUAGAAACUAUAAAUAUGAAAUAUAUAAUAUCAUUAUAAAUAUAAUAUUACACUAUUUAGUUCUCAUAAAAACACGUAAGCAGGCAAAUUAUUUAAAUUCUUUAAUUCUCAGGAAAUUAUUAUUGGUUUAUAAAUUAUUAAAGACAAAAGUUAGUGAGAAACGUGAUGCUUAUGUAAUUGGUAUAUUAUUAUGUAUAGAAUUUUUUAACUGCUAUUUUCAUUUUAGUUCGUAUUUCAUUCAGAUUGAAAAUAGGAAAUUAAAAAUGGAAAUUAAAAAAGAAAUAACAAAUUGUAAAUAUUUCGAUAAAAUGGAUAAAAAUAUAGACUUUUUAUUUAAAAAUUUUAGAAGCUAUUUAUCGCAAAUUUUUUUUUUUUUUAAAGAAUCCGUUUGUAGAUUAUAA